AUGGCGAGUUGCUUUUCUGAAGUCGGCAACCCUUACAAGGUGCUUGGCGUUGCGGCAAACUGCACACACGAGGAAGUCAAAAGAGCUUACCAAAAACUUGUGCUCAAGGUUCGAUAACUAACCUUAUUUUCUACAACUGGUUACAAAGGUUGAGACAGCUUUCAGAGUUGUCCUUUUUUAAAAGUUAAGCUUAAAACUUUUGUUAUUUGCCAGUGUAUUUGUAAGAACCUCUUUAGGCGAAUUUGCGUAAAUGCAGGUUCUUACCCGCAGGUUUUUGUUAUAUUUAUUUCAAAAGGCUAGUAGCACAUGUAUGCGCUUGGAAUUCUUUAUGAAGUCCGGUGCCACAGCAUUACCAAGUUAAGAUGAUGCUAUAAUUUUAUUGUAUUGACUAUCAUAGACCUGUGAUGGAUUAGGAGACAUCUGUCUUGGCGAUUGUGUAUCCUGCUUUCUUGGAUCUCUCGGAGCAAUUGCGGAAUUUCAGAGCCACUAAAUAUCUUACUUGAAAAACUGCUCCCACAGUCCAGCAGUUGUGUUCUAUUCAACCUUUAUUCAAAAAUUUAUAGUCCUGCAACGGGGUUACCAUCACGCAAGACGCCUAAAUAAAAUGAAUAAAAUUAAAAGUAAUGACGUUUAAAUAAAAAAAAAAUUUUUCUAUAAAAGAUAAAAUGGAUAAAAAAAUAAUAAUAAUAAUAAUUAAAAAAUUAAUUUCACAGCAUUGAUCAUUAAGCAAUAUUAAAAUUCAUCAUUGACUAAAAUAUUAUUACUUUAAGAGGGUAAAACGAGUGUUCCUGCAGUCUUCCACUACCGCAGUUGCCGAAAAGUGAAUAUUAAGUGGGUAUUCAACUAGUGCGACCACAGCCCAGUUGAUGUCAAGUAAAUAGUGUGCUUAUAGAACAACGUAAACUGGUGCUCCCAAAGUCCCACAGUCAAUUUCAGAAUUAGCCUGCAGUGCAGGCGUAUUUUGGGUGAGCGAAACCUUGUCCGUGCUCGUAAUAUUGUUGUAGCUGCCGUAGCUGUUAGCUGUAGCUGUUGAUUUUAUGCAAGUGGAAGAUUGGGAAGACUAGAAAUAGUAACCCUUACGGUAGGUGUGAAGGUGAAAGAAGGAAAGUGGGGAGGGGGAGGGGAGAAAAAAUACGGCAUUUUCUUUUCUCUCUCCCCGCCCCCUCCCCGCUCCCUUUGACUUGCCUCAUCUCUUCCUCUCUUCAGGAAGUAUCAACAUGGCACUUUCACGGGCAAAUUGCGCGCUCAAAGAAAACGCCUGCACUGCAGGCUAUGUCAGAAUUAAUUAAGUAAAUUGGCUGACUGCUGGAGCAGUUUUUAAAGUUACAUGUAGAUAUUUAGUGGGCCGGGUAGUCUGCAAUCUAGCCAAUCUCUAUAAAUGUCAAGAAUCAGCAUUCAGACCCCCCCCUGCCCCCCCGGCUCUCAUUGACCAUCCCUGUUGGUUGGUUUUAUAACCUGUUGCCACUGAGGCAAGGCAAUGGAAUUUUAUUUUUUUAGUUUCACCCUGAUAAGCUUGAUGAUUCAUUAACAGAGGAAGAUCGUGACAAGGCUAAGGAAAUGUUCGUGGCCAUUGAUAAGGCAUGGAAACUUUUAAGUGACAAUGAAACAAGAGAAAAUUGUGACAGACAGUUGAAAGGUACAUGUGAAUAGUAUUAAAAACGAUUAUAAUCAAUACUACACUGUACGUGCAUGGUUAAUUUCCAUUUUGACAUCUGUAUACAGGCAUGGUUUAUGCAACCUCAUAAUAUCCACUUUUUUGUAUUUGUGUUAUAAAGGCUCCACAAGAUAUUGUUACUUGCAAUAAUUGCUGUAAAUGUUUUUUUGUUGUUUUCAUUCCCUUUGAUUACUGCAUAUAGAGCAGAGUUUAUCACAAGAUUGGCCGGUCAGUGCAGAGGUUGAUCUUGAUGACAUGGAAUUUCAUGAAGGUAAAGUGACCAAUAUACGGUACACAGUGCUGUAAUUAAGAUAAAGAAGGCUAUCAGAGGGUAGUUCUCCCAUUGUACAAUGUACUUGGCAACUAGCAAUCUACAGUGUAUAUUGUUGUUUACAAUCCAGCAUUGUCCUUUUUUUCCCCACCCCUCCAGGUGACAAACUGAGGAAAGUGGUGAGGUACUUCAAUGAUGCUGAUGGGUCUCCAAAGCAAAUAAUAUUAUUAUUAUUUGCUUUAGAGACCCUGUCAUGCGAUUUUUAGCGAUGCAAAGAUUCUUGAAGUGAUUCCUUCGAGAUGAUGAAAAGUGUAGCUUAACCAUUCUCAGUUUAUUUUAGGUGGAGAAAAUGCAGAAAUCUCGUUUUAAGGUGUAAAAGUUGAAAAUAAUUUUCUUCAAGGCAUCAAAACCACUGAUAUAUCCUGCACUUAAUCUUCUUCAAUAUUCACUUUUUCAGAUUUACAGAGUUACUCAAGCCAAUGUCGUUGCAGUGGAGAGUACUUGAUUACCGAGAGUGAUCUGGAAAAUGGACAUAACAUUGUAUGUUGUUCAGAUUGUACCUUGAGUAUCAGAGUUCUAUACAGUGUACUACAAGAUGAUGUAAAUGGUGAGGACCAGAAAAGCAGUGCUUUGGAAAAUAGCUGA